UGUGCUAAUUGUUGGGGUAUAUACCUAACACAUGUGACGUCGGGCGGGGAGCAAGGGAUGUACUAGUGCGAAGUGACGGACCAGGAGAGAAACUGACCAUGGCCCAGCGACUGACCAUACGGAUGAACAGGGCAGACUCCGGAAUGUCCUGGGGAUUUCGUCUCCACGGAGGCAUGGAAUAUGGACUUCCGAUGACAAUUUUAACGAUUGUGAGAAACAGUAUCUGCGACCGUUGUGGGCUCAGACCACGUGACAGAGUAUUUCAAAUCAACAACAUGAACGUGGAUGGAGCGUCACACGAGCAAACAAAAAUGGAGAUCAUCCGAUCGGGACUGGAGAUGGACCUGGUAGUAUAUAGAGACCCGCCCGGAGCACCCCCAGCCCAAAUGACACAACCCCCACAACCUGUAGCUGCUGCACCACAAAACAACGGAUACCUGCAAGGAUAUGCUUCUGUUCUGGCUCCAGCAUCCAAACCGUCAUCGCAACCCGCACCCGUCCCGGCCCCUGCCCCUGCACCUGCACCCGCACCUGCACCAGUUCAGGAACCCACCCCUGCUCCUGCACCUGCCCCAGAACCAGAAGCGCCUGCACCAGAACCAGAAGCGCCAGUUAAACCUGAAGAACCAGCGCCUGUCCCGGCACCAGAAGAAACUCCUUCAAGUGAACCAAAGACGGAGGAAUCGCCAGCUGCUACCGCACCCCUGGCUGUGGACACAACCAUGGACGUACCCCCAGACACGGAGGUACUCAGUCCCAAAGAAGUGCUAGCGUCCCCCGCCUUCAGAGAACAGGCAACACGAGGAUCUAAGCCUUUCUCUCCUGGAGGCGUCAAGAAGGCCAUUCCAAAUGUGACGCAUGCGCAGUUCAACAGCCCGAUGGGUCUUUAUUCUGCAGACAACAUUGCAUCAGUUUACGCCUCACAGACUGAGGGAAUCGAACGUGAAAUGGAAAAUCUAGACGUAUCAAAAGCUCCUGUGGGAACAAAGAUGUCCGGAGCUCUACAAGUUAUUGAUUAACAUGGGACACCCAAGCCGUCUAUAAACCUACGUCAGCCAUGGACCCCUUAAAUCCUUCAGCAAUGAUAACCACCGGACACAUAGUCACUAACAUGUGGACUCUAGUCUUUAAAGAAAACUUCGGAGCAUGCGCGCGAAGGUCUCAAAACAGCGUGAAGGAACCGAACCUGAUAUAGUUCUAGCGGAUACGAUACGAAUUUAUCCCCUGGAUCCGUCAAGAUUAAGGGAUACACAUUUUCCAAACACCAGGGCGGAUAUUCAUCUGAUAGAUGUGGUCAAUUUCUUCCUGUAGUAGGGCCAGUUCACAUCUCACCACUGCAUAACGUUCGCCGGAAAUUAUGUGCGGGGCACGUGAAGGACAAGAGACACUGCUUGCUGUGACGUAAUCUUAUUUAUAUUGAUAAUUUGGUACUUAUAACUGACUCGGAAGCUGGAUUAGCCUCAAUGAUCUCACAGAAACCACGUGACUCUUAUACUUUACGUGUCAAUGUGAACCGGAAGUGAACAAAUCCUCUGUGAGUUCAUCAAUAAACGAUAGUUUGGAGUGUAA